AUCAAAGUUGAUGCCAAAGUCGACCUGUGUCUAAGGUGUUCUCCCCUCGUUAAUCUCCGUCAUCCCGUCGCGCCGGAAAAGGCAGAGCAUCGGGAAAGAAGGAGGCGUUUCCAUCUAAACAACACCGCACAAUCAGCUGCAAAUUUAUGCAGAGCAGGGAAAUCUGUGCUGCUGCUGCUGCUCCUGCUACUGCUGUUGUCCUGCAAAAGAAGAGCAAGGGGAAAAAAGAGGCAGCACCACCGGGCACCGUGCAUACCCACCGCCCGGGAGGCCGCUGAGUCCGCUGCGGGGAGCCGGAGCAGGAGCAGGAGCCGGAGCGGCGACGGUUGUCUCAAUAGUCUCCUGUGCUCAUCUGCAGCCAUGGAGGCGGACGGAGAGCAGAGCCAGCAGGGAGCCUCAACCAAUGGGAGCGCAGCGUCUGGGGCGAGCUCCCGCCCCUCACCAAUGAAUUCCAUGUCUGCGUAUGAAAGGCAGGCGGUUCAGGCCCUGCAGGCAUUGCAGAGACAGCCUAAUGCAGCUCAGUACUUUCAGCAAUUGAUGCUGCAGCAACAAAUCAACAGUGCUCAGUUGCAGAAUCUGGCCGCUGUGCAACAAGUCAAGGCAACUCUGGCUGCCAGUCGUCAGUCCAGUCCGUCCAGCAGCUCUUCUCAGACCAGCAGCACUACAGUAGCCAGUGUAACAUCUGGAGCAGGUUCCACAGCCAGCAGCCGUCCUUUAGGUGCCUCAGCGACGUCCACCAUCAGUCAGUCCGUGCUGCUCAGCGGAGCGACAGGCGGUCAGGGACAAAUGUACCUGAGGGUCAACCGCUCCCUGAGACCCCCCAUGUCCCCGCAGCUCAUCUUCAUGCCCGGUAGCACGGCGACCGCUGCUGUGGCGACCGUCGCCCAGCAGCCUCAGAGUCAGCAGCAGCAGGAAGUAACUCCAGCCUCCUCCUCUUCCAGCGGCCAGUCGGAUAAUGACCAGGCGCAGAACCUUGCCAUCAGAGGUGUGACGAGUCCCAAAGGUGUGGGUGUUAAAACCGAAGCUCCAGACAGAACUGACUCAGCUUCCUACUCGCUGAUCCAGCCGUCCCACCCAUCAACCCCCCAGUCCCCAACUAAACCCAACCCACAGCCGCCUCACAUCAAGAUCCCUACCUACCCUCAGCCUACGAACCUUAAAGCACACCCCAUCUCUUCGUCCGGUGCCUCCUCCUCUUCCUCCUCCUCCACCUCCUCCAUCCCUCUCUCCCAGCUCCUGCUUCAUGGAACUCGAACACUGACCACAGGGACCACAGCUCAUACAGCGGCACACGCACUGGUCCUGACGUCCAACGCCACAUCACAGGCCCAUGGCUACCCGGUUGGCACGGCGACCAUCAAACCUGCGGUCAACGCUCAGACUCUGGUAGUGCAGCCUUUGCAGAAAACGGCACUCGGCACAGAGAAAUCGGGCCACUCUAACGGACCCAUUCCCAUCCAACCGAAGACUUUUCAGGGUCUCCGCGUUCCCCUUCAGCUUCCAUCCAGAAACCCCCCUCCCAUCUUGCCUGCCCCACCACCUGCUAGCAGCUCCAACCAUUCGUCCCAGCCUCCUCACAUCCCGGUCCAAAUCGUGGGGGCGAGGCAGAGCACGCUGGGGGGCACCCAGGCCUUGGCCCUGGCCCGUGGCAGCUGCAGCCAGGAAGGAGCGGCUGUGCUCAGCAGCUCGUCCAGCCUGCUCACCAUGGUGGCCUCCAUCGCCUCCAGGGAAGCCGGGGUUGUGGGCAGAGGGGUGGGGCUUAAGACUCUCCAGACUCCCCAGGAGGCUGCUCCACCAACCCAGGCCCCUCAAGUUCAUCCCCAGACCAAUCAAAGCUCUGCACAGAGUCAGAAUGGACCUGCAUCUCAGAGCUCCGCCUCCUCUCAGUCACCAACCGUUACAGCUCCUCCCCCAUCGCAGAUCCGCUCCACACACUCCCUCCCACAGGUGACUGACGAGCAGAGAAGAGCUGGGGCGACGACCAAUGGAGACUCAUCAGGCGGCCAGACUCCACAGGGAAAGCAGGUGAACGUCUCCCUAAAAAGAAAAUCAGACUCUGGUUCAGCAAAUGAUGAAGACGGUCCAUCUCCUCCACGGCUCCAGCCAGUCAGAGACCACAGCUCUGCACCCCCAGGCAACCCUAUCAGUGCAGGUUCUGCUUCUCCUCCUCCCGCCUCCUCCUCUCCCACCCCGAUCCUGUCCGUGUCUCGGGGGGCUUGCAGUCAGGGGGAACGGGCGUCCCCGCCUCAGGCUGUAGUUAAACCUCAAGUUCUCACUCAUCUAAUCGAAGGCUUCGUCAUCCAGGAGGGAGCAGAACCGUUCCCAAUUUGUGGUCCAGCGAAGGACUCGGCUGGAGAGGAUCUAACGGACGAUAGUCCAGACACUAACCAAUCAGAAACGGUCACUACGGCAACAGUGCUGAAGUGUGAGUACUGCAAAAACUUUGCUCCUGCCAACCAGUUCAGAGGCACCAAAAGGUUCUGCUCCAUGUCUUGCGCCAAGAGUAUGUAUUGGUUCCCCAGGUACAACGUCAGCUUCAGGCAGAACUUUGGGAUGCGACACAGUCACAGCCAGCGUCAGGAUCAGGACCACGCCACGGACCGGGACCAGGACCAAGACCAGRGCCAGGGUCACUUCUCUAACUCGGAUGAGGAAGGAGGGAUUGCAAGGCGGAGGGUUCCUCGUAGGACUAGCUCAGAAAUAGCCAGUGCAAAGAUCGCAGGAAGACCGGUACCUGCAAAGUGCCGCUCAGAGUCCAGCCAUUCAGACGAGGAGUCCAGUGGACAGGAGGAUGAAGAAGACGCCAUGUCUCUGUCACCUGCUUCUUCGGCUUCCUGCCACCAGCCGCCUCCACCGGCUGCAACCGAGAGCUCAGCACCCAACUGCCUGCCUACUAGCCCCACCCAGUGGACAGUGGAGGAAGUGUCGCAGUUCAUUUCUUCACUACAAGGCUGCGAGGAGAUCGCUUCCCAGUUCUUGUCGCAGGAAAUUGACGGACAGGCUUUGCUCUUGCUGAAGGAGGAGCAUCUCAUGUCCACCAUGAACAUCAAACUGGGUCCAGCCCUGAAGAUCUGUGCUCACAUCAACAAUCUGAGGGACUAACGGACGAGAUCCUGGACCAGGAUCAGACGCGGAGCUGUUGAAGGGGGGAAGGAAGGACCUCCAGGUGAAUGUCAAUGAGGUUCAUUAAGGUUUCAAAACAGACUCUCCACUUGAACUGAGUGCUUCAGAAUCGGAGCUUGCUGUCGGAUUUCUCUCCUAUUUGCGAAGAUUGAAAGGAAUAUCUGCUUGGUAAUUUAUCUAAAAACUGUGCUGGAUGAAGAUUUUUGGUGAMGGUACUGAUUGCUGCCCAAAGUCGCUCCAUACAACACAUAAAUGAAGAUUUUAUUUUCUUAUUGUUUUGCACUUCAGAAACAAAUGGCUGAAACAUUUUUUUCCCCCAACAUGUAGGAAAAUAACUCCUCUUUUUGAAAGGUGGGGCUGUCAUAUUUCAUAUAUUUGUGAAAUUGAGUUUUUCUAGAUCACGUUGAUUUAUUUGUGAAAUGAAAAAUGGUUGCAGAGACAGCUAUUGUUAAUUUGGAAGGAAGCUCUGAACUCUAAAAUGGCUCCUUGCGGGUUUUUGUGCAGAAAAAUGUUUAUUUGGAUCAGUGUUUAUAUACUGAGCUGUUACUCAGUAGGAAUGACCAUCAUCAUGUUUAAAUGCUGGUCUUUUUUGAUGGGUUCCCUCUAGCUAACAGGGUACAGAGAGAGAACAGGGUACGAAAAGCUGAAAUGCCAGAUAAGACUCCAAAUGAAACCCAAAACGGUCACGGUUCUGGGAGUAUAUCACAUGUAGAGAAGACUUGAACAUCCUAGGAGUUUAUUUUACAUGAUGUAAAGUAGACAAACACGACAGCAGCAACUCUUUGAUUUCCAACUUAUUUGAGAAAAUAAGUUGGAAUUUGCUUUGAUCAUUUUCCAGAAAACACAAUAUGAAAAAAUAUUUGAGUUUCAAGACAUAAGAUAUAGCAAUUCUUAUCUCUAAACCGUGAAUACUUACCUUCAUUUAUAUUUAAAUUAAAAUAUUUUAAAUCUUAGAAUUUCUACACCUUAAAGUGAUUUUUUUUUUUUUGUUGACAAACUUAGUUUUUGGUUUGGUUUAGAGUUACUAGCUGACAUAACACACAAAUUCAAAAGGAAUAUUUCAAUUAUUUUUUGCAUCUGGACCCUGUGGACCUGUGUGUUGCUAACACUGAGUCUUGUUAAGGCGUCAAACCGAACAUUGAAACCUCCCACAGAACAGAUAGUUCAACUUUACAAACUCUGCUUUAAGGAGGCUGUAUUUACAGAAGGAUAAACCAGUACAGAUUUACCAAAACAAAGUGUUAAAAAUCAAUUGCAGUUGAUUUAACUUGCCAAAAAAAAAGGAGAAAAAAAAGGAUGAUUGCUCUUUGCCACACCUCUAGAUCAGAAACCAACCUUAGCAUAAUUUUGGUACAUGAUUAUUUUUCUUAAUACAGAAAAUUAAACCCAAUUAGUUUUUUUUUUUAACUCAAAAGUCCAGAAAAAUCUUGAGUUUGUAAAAGCAUUGAAGUCUGAAAUGAAAAACAUGCAGGAAACCUGAAUUUUACACCUUGUCUCGUUAAGCUUUAUUUAAGGAGACCUACUGUUUUAUUAUUAUUAUUAUUAUUUAAACUGUAACAGAAGCUUGUAGGAAAUGCUGUCUGAAAUGUGAAAUAAAAAUAAGCAGCAGACACGGCUAAAUGCCAGCUGGUAAGAUAUCUUUCAGCUGAGUUGUUGUGAACCGUCUUGAGGAAAUGGAAAAUGUGGACCUACAUUUGUCACAGACUAGCAAACAAUUACAUCAGACUGAAUGACUGUGUGAAUAAGAAAACCUUAAGCUAUACUGUAGUAAGUGUAAAAAAUUGCCUUUAUAUUUAAUUGCACAUUUGUUUGCUCGACUUUUUAAUUUGAGCCUUUUUUUAUGUCCAAGUUUUCUCAUGUUCUAUCGUGGCCUUUCUUACUAGAUUUAGACGAAGACUUUUCAUAUCAUUCCUUCUUUUCUACGAACAUCGUAAUUUUUAAAAACUUCUUCUUUCAAGCAAUGACGUCCAUUGCUUUUUCCCAAAGCGUGACUGAAAUAGUAGCUACCUUGAUCAAGGAAACUUCUCUGUCUUCCUCAUAGCUUUGUCAUAUAUUGUGUACUUACCACCAAUAUUUACCUUUUUGUAGCUAGCUAAUUUUGGCUUUAUUGUGACUGGUUGUGGCUGCUUUCUUUCAAGAAGGGAUAAUCCUUGAUGUGUGUUUUUUUUUUCAGUUUUCCCAGGAUUCUGAAGUAUUUAAAUUUGCAGGUCCUUCCACAUGUAAAGUUGGAUUAAAAGGACUCAUUGAAUGUGUCGUGAGCCUGUUAGUUCCUGUGUAAUGUUUUUAUUAGGUGCAUCCAUGCAGAUUUGUUCAUUUGAUCUACAUUUGCCCAAACAAGCAGCACCUUUCAUCCCUAAAUUACUGAAGAUUCUGCAAAUCUUUCAUUUGCAAUAAUCAGAAAAACUGCAAAAUCUUGAAGGAGUGUGUUUGACGAGGAAUGGUUGAUACUAUAAUGCAAAUAAAUAAUCAAGAAACUGUUGUA